UCUCCAAGCGUACUCUAUCCGGCCAAUUAGGAGUUUACUCUGAUGACUCCGUUCUUGAAAAUAGUGACCGGGUUCAAGUAAACAGAAGUUUAGGCGGGAAUGUCUUUCUAAUCUCCAGAUUGGCCUUCGUUUUUCUUCACCAUUAUUCUAGAAGAGGAGCAAUUAGGGUUUUCACAAUCGGAGGAACGAGAAAUAUAGUGAGAAAAUGGAGAAGACGAUCAUCGGUAGUAGUAGUAGUAGUAGGACAGUGAAUAGAGGAGUUAUAGAAGAGAACACAUUGGCGAUUCUCGACGCCACUGAUUCUAAAUACACUCGAGACGCCAAUGAUGAUAGGAUUGCAUAUCUUGAAGCUGUUCGUGCUGCUUCAAUUUUACCUGAAAAUGGAACAUCUCCAACCAACAAAAUGUAUGGAGCGGUCUUCCAGAUACUGAGAAAUGGUAAAUCUUUGGAGUUGAUGACGACAAGUUUUCUGCUUCUGAACGAGUUAGAUGUGCGUUUUCCUCGAGUCUUUAUAUCAAACACGCCUAGUAGUGAGGCAGGCAAAUUAGAAGUAGUGGAUGAGUGGUCACCGUUUACUCUCAACUCAGAUGUUGCUUUGGAUGGAGAAGCAGCCGGCAAAAACUCCAAUUCACUCUUUGACUUCUCUUGCUUUCAUCGGUUGAUAGAAGAGCUCAAUGAGGCGGCUAAUGGAACAAAAGUUCAUAUGGCAGAUACAAAGUUCUUAGGAGGCAUGUUAUUGUUUCAAUAUCUUGUGAAUGUUCUUGAAGGGGACUUCAAACCUCGUAACAGUGUGUAUGCAGAAACUGGGGACUGGCAACUCGUAAGGAAGUCCGAGCUGAACACAUUUCUGGCUUCAAGAAGAAUAAAUUACAAAAGUCUAAUGAAGGACUGCCUGUCCAUAAUGUGUGGACUGUAUCAAGUCUAUGUUUCAACCCCAUAUGGAAAUGAUCAUAUUGCUAUGGACAUUGGUUUACUUGAGGCACAGAGAAAUACUUGUUUGGCCAUGCAGAGGUUGCUUGUGGUGAUCAUGGAGCUUGAUGUAUCAAAGAAGAAAGCUGACUCAGAAGGUUAUACUACUAGAGCUGAUGGUAUGAGAACUCCACUUUUGGAGAUAAUCUUGGAUGAGUUAACUUACAAUAGACAUAUGAUUUCACCAUUUUUUCAGGUUUUUACUGAUUCUAAAUGGAAGCUGGGGAUCAUUUUGCAAUAUUUUUCAAAGUACAUUGCUAAGCCAGUUGUAUGCACCAGGAGGUCUGGUAAUGUCACUUUAGCUGAAGACUUAAAGUUUAGUGGUUUCUUGAAGUGCUUUUCGAAUGGCACAAGCACAAGAAACAUUUCCAAAAAAAUCGGCGCAGAUGUGGUUCAGUUACUUAUAGCACAUGCUUUUCUGGCCCACUUGGGAUUAUCAUCUCAGCAAAAUGUCGAAGGUACCUCUCAUCCUCAAGAAGAUGGCAGUUCUCUUAUGGAAACAUGUGAUCACGUAAUUGCCGCUCUGGAUAAUCUGAGGAGAACAAAUAGGAACAUGGAAAUUUCUCCACUGGGAAAGGAAGCAGUAUUUACUGCAGCAACUAUCCGGUCAAUAAUUUCAGAAAAGCCCAGAAAAAAAUUGCAUCAGAGUUAAUCUAUUUCAGGGUUGCAUUACAGUGGUCGGAUGUAAUCUUGUGAUCAUGUUCCUAGACCUUAAUAUUGAUAUUGCUAAUUGGGGAGACAUAUAGCUGCCUGCCGAUGCUUAUUCGACUUCUUCUAAGUUUUGGUCGUAGAAUAGUUGCUCAAUUGGAGUAUAGAGCUUCGUGGGGAUUCAUUCAAUCCACUAAUGAAUUACGUGCCUCCAGCCAUACCCAGAAAAUUUAUUUUUUCUUUCUUUUUUUUGGUCAGUAAAGGGGUAUAUCCUCUGUAACUAGUGCAGCUCUUUUUCCAUAUUUCGUUCAAGGAAGUUUAAUGUGCUAUAUUUUUGUAUUUCAACUUUCAAUUAAUGACGACCGCUGUUGAAAAUUUAGUUCCAACUGUUGAAAUAAUGUAGUUAAUCUGCAGUCAUCUGGCAUGCUUCUCAUUUUACUACUGACAAAA